AUGGUGGUUCUUGCAGCUUCAAUCGUUUCGAAGUCGGGAAAAGCACUUGUUUCAAGACAGUUCGUUGACAUGUCUCGGAUAAGAAUUGAAGGAUUACUUGCUGCGUUCCCGAAACUGGUUGGAACUGGGAAACAGCACACUUAUGUUGAAACUGAAAAUGUGCGUUAUGUUUAUCAACCUAUUGAAGGCUUAUAUCUUCUACUCAUCACAAACAAACAGAGCAAUAUUCUUGAAGAUCUGGACACUUUGAGGCUCCUCUCCAAGCUUGUGCCUGAAUACUCCCCUUCCCUGGAUGAGGAGGGUAUUUGUAAAACAGCAUUUGAGAUUAUAUUUGCUUUCGAUGAAGCCAUCUCUCUUGGGAACAAGGAAAAUGUAACAGUGCAACAAGUCAAACAAUAUUGUGAGAUGGAGAGCCAUGAAGAGAAGGCACACAAGCUAAUGAUGCAAACCAAAAUCAAUGAAACCAAGGAUCUCAUGAAGAAGAGGGCUAAUGAGCUUGACAAAAUGAAGAUGGAAAGAGGCAAACUUGACAAAGGAGGAUACUCAUCAAUAUCUGGUCCACGCAUGAUUGAAAAAACUUUCAGUGACAUGAGCAUCAGUGGUUCUGGAUUUGGUAGUGGUUCUGGAUUAGGUGGACUGAGCACUGACAUGGACUCAUUUGCCAGCAAGCCCAAAGGUCGUCCAUCUACAGGAGCUACUGCACCUGGUAAAGGUUUCGGUAUGAAAUUAGGCAAGACACAGAAGACAAAUCAAUUCCUCGAGUCUUUGAAAGCUGAAGGAGAAGUCAUUUUGGAGGAUGUACAACCAAGUGCAGUUUCUACAAGAUCAUCUGCUCUUCCACCAAGUGACCCUGUCACAGUGACUAUAGAAGAGAAGCUCAAUGUUGUUGUUAAAAGAGAUGGUGGUAUUAAUAACUUUGAUGUUCAAGGAACACUUGCUCUUCAGGUUCUUAAUGAUACUGAUGGGUUCAUCCAAUUGCAGAUUGAAAGCCAAGAUAUUCCUGGGCUUAGCUUCAAAACACACCCAAAUAUCAACAAGGAUUUGUUUAAUGGUCAGCAAAUUUUGGGAGCAAAAGAUCCAAACAGGCCAUUUCCAAGUGGUCAAAAUGAAACUCCUCUGGUGAAAUGGAGAAUCCAGGGAAUGGAUGAGUCAUCUUUACCUCUGUCAGUCAAUUGCUGGCCGUCGGUAUCUGGAAAUGAAACCUAUGUGAACAUUGAGUAUGAAGCUUGUGAGAUGUUUGAUCUGCACAAUGUUGUCAUAUCUAUACCUCUGCCAGCACUUAGGGAGCCUCCAAGUGUCAGACAGAUAGAUGGAGAGUGGAAGUUGGACUCGAGAAACUCCGUGUUGGAAUGGUCUAUUCUCCUUAUUGACCAGUCUAAUCGCAGUGGUUCCAUGGAAUUUGUUGUUCCCCCAGCUGACCCAUCAUCAUUUUUCCCCAUCUCUAUUGGAUUUUCUGCAUCGAGUACUUUCAGUGAUCUGAAGGUCACUGGAAUCCUUCCUCUGAAGGAAGGCAACCCUCCGAAGUUUUCUCAGCGGGCUCGUUUGCUCACUGCUAACUAUCAAGUUGUUUAA